UUCACACAGUCCAUUUCUCCAAAAACGACCAACCGGGACUACGCGAUUUGGGUGGUAUGAGGAUACCUGCUGUUCUUCCAGGUCGUAAGCGCUAUGGAUUCGUUGGUGCCGCCGUGGUUGGUGUCAUCUACGUGACCUACCUGCUUGGAGAAUAUCAUAGCUGGCGGGUUGCAAUGGACAAUGAAAUAAUUGACGUCGAGAUUCCGGAUCCGACUGCCACCGUCAAAGUAGGUGUGCCCUCUGAACUGGCCGACCUCCCAUCUAUUCCAACACCGCCGCGACCUAACGGCGAAGGGAAAGAGAAUGCUACGAUGGUCAUGUUAUGCCGGAACUCAGAUAUCGAGGGCGCCCUUUCAAGCAUUGGCUUCGUGGAGAAUCGCUUCAAUCGCCGUUUUGGGUAUCCUUGGGUAUUUUUGAACGAGGAGGAGUUUACCGAUGAAUUCAAAAGUCGGGUAUCAGCAGCGAUUCCUGCGCCUGUUUCGUUUGGGUUGAUACCCAAAGAGCACUGGUACCAACCACAUUGGAUAGAUGAGACCCUGGCUGCUGCGGGCCGGAAAAAAAUGGCUGCUGCGAAGAUUAUAUAUGCUGACAGUGUGCCAUAUCGAAAUAUGUGCAGAUUUAAUUCUGGCUUCUUCUUCCGCCAUCCAUUGCUUCAACCGUAUCGGUACUAUUGGAGAGUGGAACCUGAUAUCAAAAUCCUCUGCGAUGUCACAUACGAUCCAUUUGAAUUCAUGAGGAACAAUGACAAGAUCUAUGGUUUUACAAUAUCGUUCCUUGAAUGGGAAAAGACAAUUCCUACCCUAUGGUCCACUGUGAAAGAAUUCAUGAAGCUAUUCCCUCAGUACAUCUCAGAAUCCAAUGCAAUGGAUUACCUUAGCGAUAAUCAAGGGAAAUCAUACAACCUAUGUCACUUCUGGAGUAACUUCGAGAUCGCGGACAUGGAUUUCUGGAGGGGUGACGCAUAUCAAAAGUUCUUCGACUAUCUAGAAUCCAAAGGCGGGUUUUAUUACGAGCGAUGGGGCGACGCCCCUGUCCACUCCAUUGCAGCAGCACUUUUCUCGCCCAAAGAAAAACUGCAUUUCUUCCGUGACAUCGGCUACCGCCACGAACCUUUCCAACACUGUCCUGCAGGAGAUGAUAGAGAAAAUAAGAACUGCGAUUGUAAUGCCGGCGAAAACAUAGAUUACCGUCCUCAAUCGUGCAUUCGCAAAUUCGAGAAAUUGUUCGAGUGAUCAUAUAUAAUUUAUCUGCCGUUGUAUUAUAGCCGGGA